AUGUCCACUGUACAGUACAUCAUAUUUCUCUCUCAGUUUACUAGGUCGCAACGCCCUUCUGAGCCUCUUGAUGAUCAGCCGCGGACUUCCAUCUCUCCUGCUUCCAGCAUCCGGAUCACUGUUUCCGCGACUGCAAGCGACGUAUCGGCUCACAGAGAUCACCAUGGUGAUUCUGCAGGAUCACAUCCUGGUAUCCUUGCUACUACAGCGCCUAUUCUUUCGCCUUCUACUGGUGCCUCAGGGGAUGAUGUCACGAAGCAAUCGACGUCUUUUCGAGACAGGAUCUUUGGGCGAUUGAAGAAAAGCCCUAGCCCCGAUCCCAAUCGUCUCAACCAAUCAACAAUGUCGAUCUCGAUCAUCCUAUGUUGA